GGCCCCGCUUCUCCGCUCCGCCCUUUGCUCAAUUCGAAAAUGAAAUUCAAGUAUCAAAAGAAACACCGGCCGCUCGACCCAAAACAAGCCCUUCGAAAAUUCGCACGUGUUCUUGGCAAGGCCUUUUUGUACCUUGGCACUCCCCCCUUGUGUCCACUCCGCCAGGCGAGUGCCUUGACCCUGCUCCAUUGUCACUAUCUCGGCGUGUGCCCGAUCUGCAGUCUGUGUUCCUUUUCCGGAAGCCCCACAUUAUGCUGGAGUCCGUGUUCUUCGUGCUGCGCCAGUUCUUCAACUUCGUCUGCCCCAUACAAAUCUUCUACGAAAUCGAGGAGACCGAACACAUGGGCCACGGUAACCAGGAGGAGUGGGAUAUCUGGACGGAGAUUUGAGAUUCGACGGCAUGACAACCAAAGCAAUUGAUUAAUGGCGGGCGGGGCGGAAGAUGUUGGCAAUAAAGAGAUCUCUCGCUUUUCCCCUUGA